AUGAUGCCUAUCCACAUGGACCACAACAAUGAUGCUAAGAACUUGGCCGCUUUGGAGCCCUUGCCGCCCAAAUUGGCCACCAUCAGUGCGGAUGUGGGGCAUUGGGCCCACUGGAAGGUCGGGACUUGCGAGAAUGCCAUUCAGGGUGUCAAAAACAUCAUGGACAAGCUGAGCCUGCAUGAUGAGCACCUUGCUCCCCAAGAAGCCCUGGCGGAGGCAGUUUUGGCUUUCAACCAUAAGGAACUGGUGCGGGGAUUCCCCCCUACCCAACAUAUCCUUGGACAGGCGCCAGAUGAGACGGGGCGGUUUUUACCCGCCAGCCAACAGUUACCGCCAGACCUCUUGGUAGAAAACCCGGCAGGCGAGUUCCAACGCGCAGUGGAACGAAGGGCCGAGGCUGAGAAAGCCCUGGUGGAAUGGCGAGCCGCUGAACGGAUCUCUAGGGCGAAGAACUCAAGGCAUCGUCCCAGCUACAACUACCGCCCCGGUGAGCUCGUCUUCUAUUGGAGGACCCAGGAGGCCAACAAGAACCGGCGACAACCUGGCGGAAAGCAUGGACGGUUUUUGGGCCCUGCCCGGAUACUAGCCACGGAGUCCCGUACGGAAAGUUCGGGGGAGGUCCGACCCGGGGGAGCAGUGUGGCUGGUGAAAGGGCGGUCGCUGUUGAAGGUGAGUCCCGAGCAGCUACGCAGAGCGACAGCCCGAGAAGAGUUGUUGGAAUCCUUGUCCGAUCCGAGCACGCAACAAACGCCAUGGACAUUCCAUGCUGUGGCAGAGCAGAUCGGUGGUAACAAGUUUGAAGACAUCACGUCAGAGCAGCCCGACCUGGACGAAUGGCGACGUGCCCAACGCCCGGAAGAGGAGAUCCAACCGACAAGAUACAGGCUGCGCAGGAAACGGCCGGCUCCAGAGCCAGUCCAGGAGAAUGAGUACGAGGAGAUUGACAUAGGUCCAGAGCUGCCAACAGGAAGUGACAUCGCGCAGUCGAGAGGGCGGGCCCCGGAGGGCCAGUGCACAAGCUGCAGCGUGGUGGACGUCAGUUCCGGAGACAGAGUGGCCGGCAUGAACAGAGCCUUGGGGGACCUGGGUGCCUACUUCGCAGUGAACAUGAAAAGGAGGGCAGUGGAACUGUCAGAGAAGAAGAUGACGCCAACGGAAAGGGAAGCCUUUCGUGGUGCAAAGGGAGUUGAGACUAAAAAUUUCUUAGCCUCCGAAGCGUUCCAGCUCCUUCCUCCUCACCUUCGUCCAGACAAGUCCCAGGCUAUAGGUAUGCGCUGGAUCUUGAGCUGGAAACUGCGUGAUGAUGGGACCCGAAAAGCCAAAGCACGGGCGGUCCUGUUGGGCUACCAGGACAACGCGUACGAACACCGUGCAACCACCUCUCCAGUGAUGACACGCCAGACGCGUCAGAUGGUGGCACAACUGGCAGCAUGGAAGCGCUGGAAGCUGA